GAGGGUGUAGAAAUUAAGCCUUUCGUACAAUUAUACCAACUACAUUAAUCCUGUUGCUGUGUUUUCAAUACAUCGCAAAUAAUAAUUCGAAGUGUUUUGUGUUGUUCUUCUACUCUUAUCAGAGUUUAUAGCAUAUAUAGCAGAAAUUACAUAUCUGGAAAUUGUAAUGGGCAGUCACUUUCUCAAAAUUUUGUUUGCAGUGUUAGUAUCCCUUCUUGGAUUCAACUGGCCAGCACAGAGUUCACAUGUGAAAUGCAUAGAGAAGGAGAGGCAGGCACUACUCAACUUCAAACAAGGCCUCAUAGAUCACUCUAGCAUGCUGUCCACAUGGAGGGAUGAUGACAGUAACAAAGAUUGCUGCAAUUGGAGAGGCAUUGAAUGCAACAAUGAAACAGGUCACGUACAAAUACUCAAUCUUCAUGGUUCGAAUACGCAUUUUUUGACUGGUCUAAUCGAUCUCACUUCUUUGAUUUACUUGCAAAAUAUGGAGUAUUUGGAUCUCAGUUCGAAUUAUGAUUCCAAUAAAAGUAAACUCCCUGAACACCUGGGCUCUUUCAGAAGCUUAAGAUAUCUGAAUCUAUCAUAUAUGAAUUUUGAUGGGGAGAUUCCUUGUGAAAUAGGAAAUCUCUCAAAGUUGGAGUAUCUUGAUCUUAAAGUAAGUUCUCUCCGGGGACCAAUCCCUUCUCAGCUAGGGAAGCUUACAUGUUUACGAUAUCUAGAUUUAAAGGGCAAUUAUGAUCUCCAUGGAGAAAUCCCUUAUCAAAUUGGGAAUCUCUCACUGUUGAGGUAUCUUGAUCUUGGGUUUACUUCACUUUCCAAAGCAAUCCCUUUCCAUGUUGGGAAUCUUCCUAUCUUGCAUACUCUUAGACUUGCUGGCAGUUUUGAUCUUAUGGUUAACGAUGCUAAGUGGCUAUCUUCUCUCUCUUCCUUAACAAAUUUUGGCCUGGAUUCAAUGCCAAAUCUUGGCUCCUCUGGUCACUGGCAACAAAUGAUUGCUGAGCUUAUUCCAAACUUAAGAGAGCUGAGACUAGUUCGUUGUAGUCUUUCUGAUCAUGAUAUUUCAUCGUUGUUUCGUUCUCAUUCCAACCUUUCCACUUCUCUUUCCAUCCUUGACCUCUCUGAUAAUAUCCUGACAUCAUCAACAUUUCAAUUGUUGUUCAACUAUAGUCAUAAUCUCCAAGAGCUUCGUCUUCGUGGUAAUAAUAUUGAUUUGUCGUCUCCUCACUAUCCAAACUUUCCCUCCCUUGUGGUCCUUGAUCUCGCUGUUAAUGACCUGACAUCAUCAAUAAUUAUAGGAAAUUUCAACUUCAGCUCCACCAUACAAGAACUUUAUCUAGAAGAGUGCAGUUUUACUGAUAAAAGUUUUCUUGUUCCAUCUACUUUCAUAAAAAAGUCUUCAUCUUCUCUUGUCACCCUUGAUCUCUCCUCUAAUCUAUUGAAAUCAUUGGCUAUAUUUCACUGGGUUUCCAACUUCACCACCAAUCUUCAUACACUUUCUCUUGAUCAUAACUUGUUAGAAGGUCCCAUUCCAGAUGGAUUUGGGAAAGUAAUGAACUCUCUUGAAGUUCUAACCCUUUCCUCUAACAAACUGCAAGGUGAGAUUCCAGCUUCUCUUGGAAAUAUAUGCACAUUACAGGAAUUAGACAUUAGCAGUAACAACUUGAGUGGGAAAAUUUAUAGCUUUAUUCAAAAUUCUUCAAUUUUGUCGUCUUUGAGGAGAUUAGAUCUUUCCGAUAAUAAAUUAACGGGUGAAAUACCAAAAAGCGUUCGUUUGUUAUAUCAGUUGGAGAGUCUUCACCUAGAGAAGAAUUAUUUGGAGGGUGAUAUCAACGAAUUGCAUCUCACAAAUUUGUCCAAAUUGAUGGAAUUAGACUUAACAGACAAUUCGUUGUCUCUAAAGUUUGCUACUUCCUGGAUUCCAUCUUUCCAAAUAUUUCAUUUGGGACUAGGUUCUUGCAAGUUGGGACCUAGUUUCCCAAGUUGGCUCCAGACUCAAAGUCAGUUAAGCUUUCUAGAUAUUUCUGAUGCUGAGAUUGAUGACUUUGUACCAGAUUGGUUUUGGAACAAGUUACAGUCUAUAAGUGAGUUGAACAUGUCUAGCAACAGUCUCAAAGGUACAAUUCCAAAUCUACCAAUCAAGCUUACUGAUGUUGAUAGAUUUAUAACUCUAAAUUCAAAUCAACUUGAAGGUGAAAUUCCUGCUUUUUUAUCACAAGCGUACAUGUUGGAUCUUUCCAAAAAUAAGAUUUCAGAUUUAAAUCUGUUCUUGUGCGGAAAAGGUGCAACCACAAAAAUCGACACAUUGGAUUUGUCAAAUAAUCAAAUAAUGGGACAGCUGCCUGACUGUUGGGAACAUCUAAUUUCAUUAGCAUAUCUUGAUCUAAGUGAUAAUAAAUUGUCAGGGAAGAUUCCACAGUCCUUGGGUACUCUUGUUAAUUUGGGAGCUUUGGCCUUACGAAACAACAGUUUAACUGGAAAGCUACCAUUCACAUUGAAGAACUGCACAAGUUUAUAUAUAUUAGAUGUGGGUGAAAAUUUGUUGUCUGGUACAAUACCAUCAUGGAUUGGAAAAAGUCUACAACAAUUGGAAAUCUUAAGCUUGAGAGUAAAUCGCUUCUUUGGAAGUGUUCCUGUUCAUCUCUGCUAUUUGAUGCAAAUUCAUCUCUUAGAUCUUUCAAGGAAUCACUUGUCUGGAAAAAUUCCAACAUGUCUGAGGAAUUUUACUGCAAUGAUGGAAAGACCAGUAAACAGAUCUGAAAUUGUAGAAGGCUAUUAUGACUCUAAGGUCUCAUUGAUGUGGAAAGGCCAGGAACAUGUGUUUUUCAAUCCUGAGUAUCUUUUAAUGAGCAUUGAUCUCUCAAGUAACAACUUAACGGGUGAAAUACCGACAGGGUUUGGGUAUUUACUUGGAUUAGUUUCUUUGAAUUUAUCAAGAAACAACUUAAAUGGAGAAAUUCCUGACGAGAUUGGGAAUUUAAAUUUGUUAGAAUUUCUCGACUUAUCAAGAAAUCAUUUCUCAGGCAAAAUACCUUCUACUCUUUCCAAAAUUGAUCGUCUUUCUGUGUUAGACUUAUCAAACAACAAUCUGAUUGGAAGAAUCCCCCGGGGAAGACAGUUGCAAACCUUUGAUGCCUCUACUUUUGGAGGAAAUCUUGGUCUUUGUGGUGAGCAACUUAACAAAAGUUGUCCUGGAGAUGAGACAAUAGCAAAGCCUCAAGGACUAGCAAUUGAUGGUGAAGAUGACAAUUCAAUUUUCUAUGGAGCAUUAUACAUGAGCUUGGGGUUUGGAUUCUUCACAGGCUUUUGGUGCUUAUUGGGGACAAUACUACUUUGGCAACCAUGGAGAAUUACUUAUAUGAGAUUCUUGAACAGACUGACAGACUAUAUACUUGUAACAAUGGAAGUAAAUAUGGGGAAGUGCUAUAGGUGGCUCACAGGCUAGUAGCCAGUGUGGCCAUGAUUGCCAUUAAAACAGAUUUUGAGAAAGGUUGAAGGAAGUUAUAUGGUUAGAGUGUGACUCCUCUUUGGUGGUUUCUUCUUUCAAAUCCCUUCAUAUUGUCCCUUGGCAAUAAUUACACAACCGCUUUAACAAUUGUUAGCUGCUGACACAAUCCCUUUAACAAUUGUACUACUUAUUAGCCUCUGCACAUCUUGUGCACGACACCUUUAAUUUAUUCUGCCAUGGAAUAAACCAAUAUUUCUUGUUUGAACGAAAUAUAUAUAGCUAUGUUUUGUUCACAAUGAAAUCAUGAUUAUAUAAGUAUAAUGUAAUUUUGAUUGAAAAUGUUAUGUGAAACUCAUUAACACGCGGCUCAAGCUUAUUGG